AUGUAUCCAUCAAAUAUCGUAUUUUGUUUCGUAUUUCUGCUUGUUGCUUCGUUCUCGAAAUCUCAAGGAGAUUUUACGAAUGGCAAUGAACAAAGCGACAACUCGACAGUGCAGUCUGAUCCUCUGGUAAAUUCUACGGAAUAUCGAAAUGAAGAGAUAGAAUUAACACAAUGCAAUUCACACGAAAAUUCUAUUAAAAACGGUGAAGUGCAAUAUGAAUCCUGUACUAAUUCUACAAAGAACAAUUGUAAGAAUCAGACAUCUAUGGAGUCCUGCAUGAAUUCGACAGAUAUCAAUAAUUCCACGUUGCAAAAUAUUAAUGAAAAUCUCACCAAAACUGAAGACAAGAACAUUUCCAUAUCGGUCGAACUCUACCAAAAUCAAGAUAAAAUAACUGUAGAUACUGAUACAUAUAAAGUGUGCAGUGACAAUAAUGUUACUUGCAUUCAGCUCUGUUGUCCUUUAACUAAUAACUUAACGGUAAAGGGGCGAUGCAUCUAUCAUGGAGAGGAAAAUUUCGCUCUCCCAAAUAUUUACACAUUCAAGAACGAUUCCAAGGAUGAAACGUUGAACACACUAUUUGUCACUGUUCGCGAUCCAUGCGUUGAAACUGGAUAUGGACGCCGUAUGCUUAGUGCCAAUACAUACUUGUUUCUCACCAAUGGCUCUUUGUAUCUAAGUAACGGCGAAUUUAUUUCACCGAAGUCUUAUUGCUUUGCCAUUUUGUUAAGGAAAAUAUACGAUGUUAUCGUCUGCACUAACGAGACUAAACUUCCAAUAUAUGUAUCCGUGUGCCAGCUAGUGUCUUUACCAUUCCUGCUCUUAACGUUUAUAAUAUAUUCCAUAUUGCCAGAUCUCCAAAAUAUGCAUGGUUACACGUUACGUGCACACGUGGGUUCUUUAUUCAUCACGUACGCGAUUAUGUAUGUCGGCCAACAAAUUAGUGGAUUAGCUGAAAAGAGCUAUUGCGUUGAACUAGCAUAUAUCUUCAACUUCUUCUUUUUGUCGAGUUUUUUUUGGCUAAAUGUAACAUGCUUCGACAUUUGGUGGACAUUUAGAGAACUCCGUUCACAUCGAUCUAGGGCAAAGCGUGAUAAAAAGAAACGUAUAAUAUAUUCGACCUAUGCAUGGGGAAUCACCAUCAUUCUCAACGUUAUCUGUGCUAUCAUGGAUUAUGUUCCUGGACUACCAGAAAAUUUAAUCCGACCAGAAAUUUGCGUAAAAAGAUUUUGGUACGGCGAAAAUGAAGCAAAAACGUUAUACUUUUACCUACCCAUGGGUGCUACCAUUAUCAGUAACAUCUUUUUUUUCAUCUGCACAACACUAACGAUUUUGUACCAAAAAAUACAUACAGCCAAUCAGCUGAAAGACUCGGAGAGCAACCGUCACGACGAAAAUAAACAGAGGUUUAAUAUGUACUUGAAGCUGUUUAUAGUGAUGGGAAUAAGUUGGGUUUUGGAGAUAAUAGCUUGGUUGACUGGUUCUGAAAUUGUGCCUAUAUGGCUCUGGUAUCCCGCCGAUAUGAUAAAUAGCUUGCAAGGUCUCAUCAUUUUCAUUAUAUUUGUGUGUAGAAAGAAGGUCAAGCAAAUGCUACUAAAACGAUUUGGCGGGCAGAGUUGUGGUCCAUUUAAGAUUCCAUUGAGCGAUAGCGUAACUUCGAAUACUACAUCCACUACUACGACUGGAUCGGGAACAAUCCCCAUGCAACAAAUCGGUCCCUCUAAUUAACAACUAUCACAUUUCGCAAAGUUCAAUUAGUCUUAUUUAUAAUAUACAUUAAGGUAACCAACCGUUCAAAAUAAAACACACGAUCCUUGUUUGUCCGUUGAAUUACUAGCUGGAUAAGAAUCUUGCCACCGCACAGCUGCUGUGCUGACAGUGCCAACA